UUGCGGCGGAUGUUGAUGUUUUGUUUCGGAGCUUACUGAACGAUGUGAACUGAAUCGUCUCCGGGACGGCUUGCUAUUUUCCUGCGCUUGUCUUCGCGGUUCUCUUUGCACCGUUCUCUCGGUAAGGUCUCGCUCUCCGUCGGCACCGUGUCUCUCCCGGUGUCGCUCCCGGGAAGCGCGAGGCCGAGUCGUGCGAUGAUGGAGGACUUUGAUGAGAUUUACGAAGAGGAGGAGGAGGAAGAGGAGGACGAGGACAGGGCCGCGGAGGAGCAGCUCCUCAAGUACGCUCCGGACCCGGUGGUGGUGCGAGGAUCCGGCCACGUCACUGUGUUUGGGCUUAGUAACAAAUUUGAGUCAGAAUUUCCUUCAGCACUUACAGGGAAGGUGGCACCGGAGGAAUUCAAAGCCAGUAUCAACCGUGUUAACAGCUGCCUGAGGAAAACACUGCCAGUGAACGUGCGGUGGCUCCUGUGUGGCUGCCUCUGCUGCUGUUGCACGUUGGGCUUUAGUUUGUGGCCUGUCAUCUGCCUCAGUAAGAGGACAAGAAGAUCUAUAGAGAAGCUCCUGGAGUGGGAGAACAGCAGACUUUACCACAAGUUGUGUUUGCAUUGGAGACUAAGCAAAAGGAAGUGUGAAACCAACAACAUGAUGGAAUAUGUUAUCCUAAUAGAGUUCCUACCUAAGAUCCCCAUCUUCAGACCGGACUAGCCUGACUGCAGCUGAUUUCAAACCACCACUGCUGCCCAGCUCUGUCACAGAACCAGAAUGGCUGUCAAGCUUCUGAAUAACCACCCUUCCCAAAAUACUACAAUAUUUUUGUUUACAGGGUAGCAUCAAUCCUUCCACUCUUCUCUUUGACUCGUUCUCCCAUACAGACCUUAUCUACACCCUUGUUUACAAAUCCAGCAUCCCCACUCCAGCACUGAAUUCACCAGUGAACCAUGACCUGUCGGACAAGCUGACACAGUGUCAAGCCUUGCAAGCCAGCACCAGCCCGCGGGGUGCCAGGGGAGACCCUGCCCUGGGCAGUGUUAUCGAUUGUGGAGACAGAGCUGGAGACUGGACUCUCGAACUGAGUUCUGUGUGCUACAACUGGAAUUUUGUCACGUGUAUGUUCCCUAACCUAAGCACAUGGCACAGUCAGACCAUGAGAAAACAAACACUUUCACAUGUUACGUAUUGUCGCGCCGCCAACUUCACCUGCAAAAAAUACACCCUAGUGCUUUUGUAACAGUUGGUUUGGUGCUCCAGAUCCUGGAGGCUGUGGAGGCAACAUGACAUGGAACUCCAAAGGAACCUUCGUCCAAAUCAACUCUGUAGCAGACUGACUAGUCUCACAGGAAAAUGUUGGGCAAGCAGCCAAAACAGCUGAACUCAAAAAUUUCACUCUUCUUAUCAAAUACCAGAGAUUCUUAUCCUCUCACUUCCUUUCAUAUCUCUGCACAAUUACUGUGCAUCACCCUAACCCAGUGACAAUCACACACAAAUUUGUCGUACUCUCCAUAGUAUGAAUUGGUCUUUAUGUUACACUGUUUACCUAGAAAAUGAUGUGUGUCCACGUGAUGGGCUGGCUGCCUAGCAACGGCUUCUGAGUUGCGGUGGAACAAGUAGGCUGGAAAGAAGGCCACUGGUCAUGAUGAGAGGAAUUCUUGGUUUCUUUAUAUUUUUUUAGUAUCUCAAGUUUUGUUUACCGUCUUGGUGAAAGCGAGGAAGUCAAGGCUUGCAUACCUUUUCACUGUGUCUGUGUGUCUGUGUGAGAGAAAUGUAUGCAAAAAAGACAAAUCAGACAUGAAGAGAUACUCUUUACUCUGUAUAGCAGGGUUCUUUCUUUUGAAGUACGUCUUUGCCAUAACUGAUCGUUGUUACUUUUGAUGUAGUAAUUUAUGAGUGCAUGAGUGUGCAUAUGAUAUGUGCAUUCAUGAUUUUUUUUUUUUUCUCCUCAAAAUUAUGCUAUGGUUGUUUCAUUUUUGUCUAUAUGGUCGUGUCAACACUAAAGCACACAAUCGCUUUGUCCUUAACACCUUCACAUGGCCUCUGAUCCUUAUCUGCAGACCAUGGCUUACUUAUACGAGAGUUUCAAGUUGAGGAUGUGGCUCUGACAAGGAAGUUCCUCUGUUUUAGAUAUAAUCUGACUUACUACAUUCAGAGGCCUGGAGUGACCAAGAGUGUAAGAUCCUCUUUAUUAGGUGUUUGGUAAUACCAUUGUUCUGUAUCAUGAUGCAGGAUUACUACAGUUAGCUGCAUAAGUGUGCAGAGUAAGAUUAGACUACUCCCAGAUCAGGAACAGGGACUUUAAAGUGACGGUAUUUUUAUUUUAACAAUGGAAAAGUGACUGUAAAGUGAAAAUGAUUUACUUGUAAUGAUGAACCCAGAAAAAAAAUGAUCACCCCCAGCAGUUACUCCCAGCUCUACAAAGCGUUUUUUUUUUUUGCAAUUUUCAGCUCAUUGUUUGGGUCUCUGGCCCGUAACUUUACUGUCUUGGUUCACUCUCACUACCCUCAUCAGUCUUGUUGGCAGCAGCCGCAGCAGUAGCAGGCAGCUGUUUUCCGAGGAAAAGCUCUGAUAAACCCACAAUACAUUACCUUCCCAGCACCAAACAACAGACAGACAAAGUUAGACACCAGCUGGCGGUCAGAGUGGAGCUUUUAGCAUCUGAAGAGCCAGAUAUUUCCACAGGAACCAGUAGAGACCAAUAAUGGAGCCCCGGGAGGGUGAAUAUUGGCUAUUCAUCAGGUGGCCGGGAACACGACUCCCAGUGAAUGCUAACGUUGCUCUGUCUCUACAGGAUGUGGAAAUAGGCGACUGUUUGCUAUAUCAACUUUAUAAAGUGAUAACAUGUCAGUUUACGCAGGUUUAAGGGGGGAAAAGUUGUUCCAGGCUUGAUUUUUUUUUUUUGUUUUUUUUUUGUUCAGUUUCUAGCUAACCAACAUUCCCGCUUUGAGAUAAAGCCCUAAGACUAUUUUUACAACCGUCAAGAUGUCACACAUCAUAUCAUAAAGCACAUCUCAGUUUAAUUAAACACGUAAUCAUUUGCCGGCGAGUAGGAGAAAAGGGAGAACAGAAAAAGGAGGCCUUUUUGAAUAUGAUGCCGAUUUAGCUUUUCCCAAUCAGCACGCCUCUUGAUUUAUAAAAACACCAAGACACUCACUGAGACUGUGAGAUUGUGUAUUGCAAGAAUUUGAACGAAGCCACUUAGUUUUAGGUCACUAAGCUCUGGUUGAUUGUAUGGGUCACACUCAGGGGAAUAUACUAGAUAAACAAUGUGUAGCAUUGGAAAAUCUCACCACCACGUAUGUUCCAAAGUUGCACCGGGGUGUCAAGUAUGAUAUAAAACAAAUUACACAUUACUUGAACGGUUGUAAAAUGAUGUAUUUGGAGUUUGUUUUGAAAUGGAAAGAUGCCCCUAAGAAAAAGACGACUAACCUUUUUAAUCUUUUUGUGGGCUUCCUGUUCGGACAGGAAAGGAAGGACAUACACUAUGGACCCACAAAGCUCAGAAAUUGUGUUGGUUAAUGUGUUAAAAGGACCCAGAUUCACUUGAUUACCACUGGGCCCUAUUGGUUCAUCAGUCACUUUUCUGUUUUCUUGAUCGUGGUCUGUUCUGUGUAAAUCAAGGCAUAAGCCCAUACGCAGAUAUCUGGUGUGCGCGUGUAUGUGUGUGUGUGUGUGCGCACGGUGUAUGCUGAUGCAAAUGUUCAUUGAUCUCAGACUGUGAUUGAACCCUGCACAGAAAAU